AUUCGUCUCAUAUACUCGCACGCACGCACGCACACACGCGCCGUUGCCGCGCUUCAUGGAUGCUUCAGCACUUUAGCAUCCUCUACCCUGCCCAGUUCAGCGGAAUUAACCCAACGGUACGGAACGGAAAGAAACAGCAUCUCCUUCUCACUUCAGGGAAGUGCGGACUGGUCAGUGACUGAGCAGGCAGACAUGGCAAACAGAGGACCCAGCUACGGGCUGAGCCGGGAGGUGCAGGAGAAGAUUGAGCAGAAGUACGACCAGGACCUGGAGGCCCGGCUGCUGGACUGGAUUGUAGCCCAGUGUGGAGGGAACAUGGAGAGGCCACAGCCUGGAAAGCAGAGUUUCCAGACCUGGCUCAUGGAUGGAACUAUCCUUUGUAGGCUCAUCAACAGUCUUUACCCAAGGGGUAAGGAGCCCAUAAAGAAGAUUCCAGAGACCCAGAUGGCCUUCAAGCAGAUGGAGAAAAUCUCCCAGUUCCUGCAAGCAGCCGAGGCCUACGGUGUCAAUACAACAGACAUUUUCCAGACUGUGGACCUCUGGGAAGGGAAGGACAUGGCUGCUGUUCAGCGAACCCUGAUGGCUCUGGGCAAUGUGGCUGUCACCAAGGACGACGGGCAUUACCGUGGUGACCGUGACUGGUUCCACAGGAAAGCCCAGGGGAAUCGGAGGGAGUUUUCUGAGGAACAGCUUCGGCAGGGCCAGAGUCUGAUUGGCUUGCAGAUGGGCAGCAACCGCGGGGCCUCCCAGUCCGGUAUGACAGGCUACGGCAUGCACCGGCAGAUCAUGUAAGAUCAGCUCCCGCUGGAUAAGGAUGCCCUCUACAGCCUGUGCCCCCCCCUACCGCGCCCAAGCCAAACACCUCCAUGAUUCUCGAAGCUUAAUCGAUGGAUUCCACUGUUUCUUCGCUGUUUCUUCUCAUACAAAACAGUUCCCCAUUCUCCCUAAUCUCUUCCUAAAUCCCAUAGACCUCGACUGCUUAAUGCUUAUUCCCUAUUCUCGAGUUACCCUACCUCAAGGGGCCUGUCUUAAAUCCUGCCAUAUGGCUCAGCUGGUGUUCCGCCUGGCAGAAAAGCAACUUGAAUUCAGAAUAUCGGUACACAAGCUAAAUUGUACUUUACACAUGGUCUAAACGUCACAGCAGAAAUGCAUUAGGAUGGCAUGUUUUAUUAUUUAUUUAUUUUUGUACAGAAAAUGUGUUGUGUCAUAAUUUAUUGCUUUGGGUGGGUUCACUACGAGGACUCGCGCAAUGUAGCUGUUCAUGCUUUCACUUUUACUUCAAAGUGACUCGAUGAAGGGUGGUGCCUCCAUAGACAUGUAUAUAUGUCUAUGGGUGCCUCUACUGUCUGGUCUGACAACUUGUUGCAGUACCUGCUGUAACCAAAUCAACAUCACAUUGUGCCUGGUUCACAAAACAAGAUGUCAUCUAUUGUAAGUGACUUAAGUAGCUAUUUCCUGUUCCGUACAGUACUGGCCUUCAAACGAGGAUACUUAUGAGUUGUGUUCAUUCUGUGGUAUUCCCUUUAACUUGCGUUCUGUUUUUGUUAAAUCUGUGUUCAUGUGUGUUUUGAGCUCAGGCCACUUAAUGAUUGUGUAAUAGCCGCCACAUAUGAAAGAGAGGCUCUGAUUAUUCGGUUACUUGUUAAUACCAGGAUAGUGCUUGAAUAAAUGUGUUUUUUAAUGUUUCUGUCAAGUUUACAUUAUAUAAUAUGUUUAUAUAUAAAGGCUUAUGUGUAGAGGAUAUUGACAAAUAAAUUCAUGA